AUGACUACGGCCAUUGAUGAGAAUUUCUGUGUUAUCAAUAGCUUACCCGAAAUUGUACUCGUUCAAAUAUUUUCUCACUUGACUAUUGAUGAACGUUGCGUACUUGUUCAAGUAUGCAAACUGUGGUACCAAAUCGUUCAAGAAUCUUACCGUCUAUCCUACACAUGUAUAAUUCGUUUAUUUUCUCAUUUAUCAUCAUCAUUGUCAAAUGAAACGUUAGCAAUUCAACGUCGCGUUGGACGAGUUUUAUCACAUUCUUUGACUGUCAUUCAUGAUUUACCUCAGAAUCGUAAUAUUUCUGAGACAAAUGAAAAUGAAGAAAAUGUAAAUACAAAUUAUCUAGUCUAUUAUGGUUUUAUCUACAAGUACAUGAAACAAUUUCAAUAUGACAUUAGACAUUUACACAUUCACAUUGAACAACAAGAUCAAACAACAAGAUAUGUUUUAUGCAAACUAUUGAAUUUAUUUUCUCACAAUAAACGUCAAAUACGAACAUUUAGUUUAAGUUUUAUUGGUUUCAAUCCAAUGUUUAUGAAAUGUUCUGACAUAACCAACAGUCUGCGAGCAUUUUUUCAUCAUCAAAGUCAAAGUUUACUUGUUUGUGAUCUCAGUGGCGUCAUGUUCUCAUUGGACGAUGAUUCUUGUAUUACAUUAUCAAAAUAUAAUCAAAAUUUAUUAUCAUUAAAUUUACAAGACCAAUCACUUGUUUGUUGCAUAACAGCGUAUGGAUUAAUGCAAAUAAUUGAGAAUUUAAAAUACCUAAAUGAUCUUUGGGUUGACAUGAUAGCAGUGACAGAUGAUGUAUUACAAUUGUUAUUGAAACAAGACGAUUUGAAACAUCUUGGACUAAGAAUACGACGAGAAGAAAAAUAUUCGGAUGAAAUUAAUCCACAAUUAUGGAGACAAUUGAGAGAGAAACACUCAAAAUUACGUCUGACAUUAAAUUUUGAUAUAACAACACCAUUGAACAGAAUAGCUGCGUACAUGAAACCAGAAAUACAACUGCCAGUUCAAACAUUGAUAUUGAACACUCCUGUUCGUGUAUAUAACGAACUCAUAAUAGCGGCCAAUAAUUAUCAUGAAACAUUGGAAAAUGUCUAUAUUCAAACAACAGCUCAAUGGGUAUUGACUCCUUCUGAAGUGAUUAACGAAGCAAUAUUAUAUUUAGCUGAACGAUGUCCAAAUUUAAAAACUCUUUAUUAUGAUUGUGCUUUAGAUCCUUUGAUUAUUGAACAUAUUUACAGUUUACACCCGCAUUUAAAAGAACAAGGUGCUAGUAAAUUAUUGUUAAUUGAUAGUCCAACACAUAAUAUUCAAAUACAGGAAAUGGCUGAUUUAUUUGGUUAG